ACACGUUGGAAUUCAGCUUACACAUUUCCUCUCUGGUAGUGGUGGUGCUGCGGAAAUAUACCGCAUCUUGUUUGCAUUGAUCUCGUCAAUCCCCACCAAUUACCGAGCCUGGAGUUAGGCUGUUCUGCAUUUGAAAUUGUCCGAAGAAACAGUAUCCAGUAUUGACUUUGGACUAACUUCAGUGCCAGGAAUUAUCCUUAGGAAGAAGAGAAGCUAUGAAGGUCUCGAUAUGCAAGCAGUGCCUUCGAUUUUUUCUCCUCAUUGCCCUGCUGUCGGUCAACACCUACGACGCCAACGUCAUCCGCAGACUGGGCAAGGACAAACAGGAGGUGGGCCCCAACAACAGGAGUGGGGACCCCGCCCUCAAUAACCUGGUCCCGCACGACCGCAGAGACCGGGUGCGGCUGAUGAAGGAAGGCCAGCCGAGCCCAAACAAGGUGAACGGGAUGGACCUAGCCCCGCCCAACCACAACGAUGGGGUGCGGCUUAUGCGGGGCGGGGAACUGAAUAAGGAAUACAAACAGGAAGUGUUCCUGGGCCCCGAUCAUGCCGAUUUUGAGAACAUCCCUGAAAGGGAAGGAAAACGGAGACUGAUGGAGAUAUUUUCCAAAGCGGACAGCAACAAAGAUGAAUAUUUGGAUCUGCAAGAGCUGACGGAAUGGAUCUCUCUCCAGACAGAAAAGCAUUUUGAAGAGGCUCUGGAGGCGAGCAAGAAAAUCUUCCCCUUCGUUGACACAGACUCCGAUGGGAAGAUCCAUUGGGACGAAUAUCGUAAACAGUUUCUGAAGCAGAGAGGUUACGGGGAGGCAACCUUUGAGGAACUCAAGAAAGAGACAGGUGCUUUGAAGGGUCAAGAUGAAGAGGAUUACUUGGUGUACCGGGAUCGAUGGAGCCGGGCAGAUGAAGACGAUGACGACAUCUUAAACCAGGAGGAAUUCCUAGCCUUCUUGCAUCCUGAACACUGCAAGUCCAUGCUCAACUUACUGGUGGACGAACUCCUGCACGACUUUGACUCGGACGGCGAUGCCAAGCUGACGCUAGCUGAGUUUGUCUCCCUGCCUCAACUGAGCAGCCAGGAGCUGGAGAAGGCUGCCCAGGAAGAUGAGUGGGUGCGAGAACGCAUCAAGGAGUUCAGGGAGAACAUGGACCUUAACCGCGACGGUGUCUGUGAUGCCAAGGAGUUAGAGGUCUACGUAAAUCCCAGGAAUCGACAGCAUGCCGAGGGAGAAGCCAGCCAUCUCAUUGGGGUCGCUGACGAGAACGGAGAUGACAAACUUUCCCCCAGGGAAGUUCUGAGUAACUACUACGUCUUCGUGGGCAGCAAGCUCUAUAAUUACGGCAGGAACGUCCACGAUGAAUUCUGAGGAGAUUAUUUGAGUAAUCAGUUUCGAUUUUGUUUUGUCAGUUUUGUCAAAACCGGGACAUUUUUUUUUUUUUUCAGCGAGCAAGAAGCUGGCCACUUCUUGAUCACAUAGGGUUUCUGCACUGAUGGACGAGGGCGCUUUGAUGCCCACACACUCAAGCAAAGUGACGGCGCUUGCCUGUCUUUCACUUGAGUACUCUGAAAUGAAAAUUUGUUGAAUUUACUGAGGCGCAUACAUUGUGUUUCUAUUAUCAAGGGCAGGCACCCCCCAUGAGGGUGCCAUGACAAAGAUGUGUACAGUGUGUGCCAGAAUGGUUUGACCCAAUUUUUACCAGUAGUGGGCGAAAAUCUGCACAGAGCCCACUAAGGUCAGCAGACUGGUCCAAAAAAGCAACCAGUUAAAGGAAUUUGAUCUUUCCACUGGCAACACUUGGGUGUGUCUUUGUCACUCACGCUCACAAAAUUGCACGAAGUAUGGUACGGAGAGCGAUGCCAUUUGUACCACCGUUAAUUUUCAAAGGCCAUUUUUUUUCCCAGCAGAUUCAAGAGACAUCUGCUCCAGUCUGCCAACUACAAAUGCACUCCUUACAGCUGAAACUCUGAAGCAGAAUUCUGUAUUUGAUUACAUUUUCCUCACGCUUUCAGUUUGGGUCACAUUGCAGCUGUCUUGUUUUUGGGGAGGUUUCAUUCAUUUUGGUAUUUUUUUGGCACGGUAGCACACUCCUUAUGUCUUGUCACUUGUGCUGUGUCGUGUGUACACUGUAGUUAAUAGGCCUAUGUACUGAUGACGUCACACUUUAUGUGUGCCGACCUUUCCUCCGGAGCCAGUGGGGGCUCACGGUCCUCUGAGCACCAGGGGAAAGGACACACGUAAACAACGUGUGGCAUCAUCGGUACAGUAGUCAGUUGAAGAAUGUGGGAACUUCGUCUGUUGAUGGGGGGGUGGAGAUAUGUGCCCAGUGCACCUGCAAAAAUUGGGGAAGGAAAAAGCUUGAGCUAAGCAUUUAUAUUCCUUCCUGCAGGAACCCCCCCCUCCCAAAAAAAUCAGGCUCAAUCUGACUGUGGUUGUACACUUCAUUUCAUUCUGAUAACUCACCAGCACUUCUAGUUUCCAGUUUGACAGGUUAGGGUCCUAGUUUGACUUGUCAGUCACCUAAGGAUUAUGAUUACAUUUGAACCCACCUUGUCUUUGUAGAAAGUCAUCUAGUAACGUUUAUUUUCUUUUUUUCAAGUGGGGAAAGUGAUUGAAUUUGAUGAGAUUAUUGGUAAACACAUGGUCCAAGCAUGGCUACUGGUUUUGGACCCAAACCACGCCAUGCUUUUGUUCGGAACUAAUCCUUGCUAGUAGAGCCCUGGCAUGCAUAGACAUGUAGUCCCAAACUCAGGUGUGCACCGUCAUCAUCAUGUUUAUCUUUCUUGGUUUGUCAUCUUGGAGAACAGCUUGAAAAAAUACUAGCGUAGCAGUAUUUGCAAAUAAUAUUGGAAUUUGUAUGAGGGUCACCUAGCUAGCCUAAAAAGUGCUUGGAAUCGUAUUUAUUUUCAAUAAAUUUGGGGUCCAAUUUGUCCCUGUCCCUGUUGCAGCUGGCUUAUGAUUUUUUUUUUUUAAUGUUUAGAACUCAUUCUUCAAUGUCCAAGAUUGAAUAAGUACUGCAAAUUAUCCGCCAAAUAAAUAACAACAGUUUCAGUGAUAUAUCCCUUGCCAGGCAUAACAGGGAUGGAAAAUUGUCCCACGUCGGACCCCAGAUUUGUAGAAUACAAAUUUAAGGAACAAAGAGUCCAUAUUGUUUAGUUUGAAAGAGUACUUCUUGUUCUGGCUUUGUGCAGUAUGUUUAUUUUUUUAUGAAGCAGUUUCAGCAGCCUUUGAUCAAGUUACACUUCAAUUGAAAUUAUUUUUCACAAAGGAAAAAGCAGGCUGUAUCCUGUGUGAGUGAUCACCAGCUGUCUCAGCUCAGAGACUUUACGACUUGGCCACAAUCUCACAUGACCACACUGUCUGUAUGGGUUGCCUGGCUCCCGAGGAGCAUCUCCAAGACAAAGACGGUUUUCCAGAUCUUAACUUUGUCUGUAUUCUGUGCAUUGCCAGAUUCCAUCCUCCUCAAACCCUUCACCAUUAUUUUCAGCAAGAUAAAAAAACCCUCAUAUUUUGCCAGAGGUGCGUUGAAAUUAUUUGCAAUUGACCCAUGGACGGGAGUACACGUUUCCUUUGCAAGUUGGAACAUUAUUAGCCUCGAGUGGUUUGUGUCAGAGGCAAAGGCAGAGACAAUACCAAGAAAAAUCCUCAAAGACAUUAGUGAAUUUUUGAGAUCGUCAAUACCUGACAGAAUGAAUUGGUUGUUUGACGGGGCACCUUACAGUAAUGCAGAGGCAAAGGUUCGAAUGCUACAUGUGUCAAUAUUUUCUCUUUGUUUUUGUUCUCUGUGUGUUUCUUUUCAUAUCAUUCCUUUUUUUGUCUUGUGUGGUGAUGAAAAUGUAUGCAAGAUUUCUUUUGUAAAAGACGCAUACUUUUUUUAUCAUGUAUACAAUCUGACCACUUUAAUGCGAUCAGAAAUCCAGGAUUUACUGUCUAAUAAUGUCAGAUUCAUUUGUAAACAUGAAUAUUGAUUGUGCUAACCUUUGCACGUAUGGUGCAAUUUGUAAAUGAGUAAUUUAGUUUCAUACAAAUUUAUGCCAUCCUAGACUUGCAUGAUUUGUUGAAUUUUCAGAUAACGGUUGUAAAUUUUAAGAUCAGGACAAUCUCCAAUAAAGUGUUCUUAUUUUA